AUGGCAAUCUCCUUUCCCAGAAUGGCAAGAUAUCCUCCUAAAUACACACAAUCAUUUUUUUAUAUCUCCUUUCUUUGUCUUACUACUGUGAGUUGUAACUCUUUUCUUUUUAGUAUUUUCUCUUUAGUACCUCUCGAUCUCAUUUUGCUUCGUUCUACUUUUCCAUUUCUUUCUUUCUUGCUUUUGAUUUUUGCUUUUCUUUCUUUUUCAUUUCUGCAUAUUCUUCAUAUCUUCCACUUUUCUUUUUCUUUCCGUCUUCAUUUCUUCUUUCUUAUUUUCUUUCUUUCUUUUUUUUAUUUAUUUAUUUUCUUCUUACUUCCUCCUCUCUUACUGACGUUAUUUCUUUUUUUCCAGUCAUACUUUCUCUUUUCCUUGUUAUUCUUCCUUUUCCUCUUUAUUUUUCAGUUCUUAAUAUGCUUCCUAUUUUCCACGAUUCUUCGGUUUUCUUCGUUUUCCCUUCUCACUUUGAAAAUAUUUUUCUUCGUUUCUUUGUUUAUCUUUCUGUUUUUCUUUUCUUUUUACAUUCACCUCUUUUUCUUCUCUUUCUCUCUUUGUAUUUUUUUUCUAGUCUUUCUUGAAUUUUUUCCACUUCUAAUUUUUGGCCAUAUGACUUCCUCUAUUUCUUUAAAUUAUUUCCUUUCUUCUUCUUCUUCGACAACUUUCUUCUCCUGUCAUUUCGUCAUCCGUUCUUUCAGUUACCUCUUCUUCAAUUUCAUUGAUUUUUUUUCGUCACUUUCUACAGUCUCUUUCGUUUGCCACUCUUUGGUUACGCUUUUUUCGUUUCGCUUCUAUUUCUUCAUAUUCUUUUUAUGA